AUGGCCGAUUCUAGUGGAGUGCGGAUGCCGAAAGCCUGUAGAGCGUGCGCCAAGGCAAAGGCACGGUGUGACCGGGAAAGCGACGAGACAUGUAAACGAUGCCAUCGCCUAGGCAAGGAGUGCGGUGGUCAAGCCCCUGGGGCACAUCGACGCCAAAAGCCAACCAAAAACAGCGUUGAAGUCUCUGCCCUCGAGGCAAAGUUAGACCGGAUGGUCGCUUUGCUAGCGGCCUCAAAACCAUCGGUUACGCAAUCAUCUGACUCUAAUCCAUCGGCUACAAAGUCGUCUACCGUCUUUCCUGAUGAAGACCAAGAGAGCCCAAGCGAGAAAGAAGGCGAACUUCUCUUGGAACAUUUUUCCACGAAAAUGGUGCAUUUAUUCCCAUUUAUCGUGAUUCCAACCGGCCUCACAGCAGAGCAAUUACGCCAAGAAAAGCCAUUUCUCUUCCUUAAUCUCGCAAUGGUCGCAUGCCAGAAUGCAUCGCGUCAACGAGAGCUCUCCAAGACCGUCAAAGAAUAUGUAGCCGAGCAUAUUGUUUUACGGAGUGAGCAAAGUCUCGAUCUUUUACAAGGUCUCCUUGUUUUCUUAGCAUGGUUCAUUGGACACUCACCUGCUCCUGGACAGACUGGAGAAGUACUACCAGGAUUGACCCCACAGCACUUUACUCAGGGCCCCGCCCAACUAGAUGCAUUUAUGCAAUUAGCUUUGGGCCAGCUAGUAAGCUUGCAUUUGGCUGUGGGGUUAAGCUCCCCUAAUAGAUUGUCCAAGCCAAUGGGCUAUGUAAGGAAAUUGGAUGUCUUGGCCAACUCAAAGCCUUUACGCACUCUAGAAGAGCGACGCGCCUAUUUAGGAUGCUAUUAUUUGAGUGUUAUGUUGUCCUCCUGUGUCAGGGACACGGAACCACUUCGGUUCAAGAAAUAUACAGACGAAUGCUGCAAGAUAAUAGAGGUGGAAUUAGAAUCUCCCACCGAUGCCUUUCUUGUGCAUUUGGUUCGUACUAUGCAUCUUGCCGAUAGGAUUGUUCACACAAUUUGCUUCGAUGAGUUCGAUUACCCGGGACUCUCAGGUCCACUGGGCUUGAGUAUACGAGGCUUCGAACCUGACCUCCGAAAGAUGAAGACCUCAUUCUCCUGCGAGUCACCUUAUUCAAGUAAGACUUCUAGUCAUCUUUUGUUUCGAAUAUCACCUCAUAUAUUCAACGCAGACAUACUAAAUCUCCAUUACGAUACAUUGGAAAUACUAUUGUAUCAAGCUGCUCUCAGCGAAGAUCUUUCAGAUGCUGAGUGUAGUGGCUAUACUCUUACACGGUUGGGCAUUCUCUUCCGCUGCCUUCAAGCGACAAAAUCAUUUUUCAAUGGUUUCAAUUCCCUCUCGGCUCAUUGUUUUAUUUAUUUACCUUUCACUAUCUGGUGCCAGUUUGGCCACGCGGUCGUCGCCCUUUCCCGUUUAAGUCUGUUCCAGAGCGAAACCGGUUGGGAUCUUCAAUAUGUGCAGGAUACAAUUGACUUCGAUCAAACGAUCGACCGAAUAAUGCUCAAACUCGAAGAUGCUCGACAACUUAUCGAGCGAGAAGCCGGCCCACGGCCCACGGCUCAAUUACCAGAGGCCUUUGGCAGACUUCCAAAUAGGAUGCGCCUCAUGAAAGAAUGCCAUCGCCAAAGGAAGGAAGCCUUAGACAAAUCCCGGUUCCAAGAAGUACAAGACCCGGUCGAUUUUGACUUCCUGUUCAAUAUGUCAUUUGACCCAUACUUUUCGUUUGACGAUUUUCUGGCGCUCGGCGAUGGUGUGGAAAUCCCACAGAAUUUGUAG